GAAGAACGAUAGCUCAGCCGGAAAGACUUUUUGCGUGACUCGUGAAAACUUUACACGCAGUUAGCCAGCUGGAUGGGAGGAAGGGGAGUCGGGCGAAGACAAACAUGAACAAGCUGAAGUCCUCACAGAAGGAUAAAGUUCGUCAGUUCAUGAUUUUCACUCAAUCCAACGAGAAGACUGCACUGACCUGUCUGGCACAGAAUGACUGGAAACUAGAUGUUGCCACGGACAAGUUUUUCCAAAAUCCAGAGCUCUAUGUUUCAAAUCUAAAGGGGGCCUUAGACAAGAAGAAGCUUGAGCAGCUGUACAACAGAUACAGAGAUCCUCACGAUGACAACAAGAUCGGCAUCGACGGGAUCCAGCAGUUCUGUGACGACCUGGGUUUGGACCCAGCCAGUAUAAGUGUUCUCCUCAUAGCCUGGAAGUUCAGGGCAGCGACACAGUGCGAGUUCUCAAAACAGGAGUUCAUGGACGGCAUGGCAGAGCAGGGAUGUGACAGUAUAGAGAAGCUAAAAGCUCAGCUGCCAAAGAUGGAGCAAGAGUUAAAGGACCAAGGGAGAUUUAAGGACUUUUACCAGUUUACAUUUAAUUUUGCAAAGAAUCCUGGCCAGAAAGGUUUGGAUUUAGAAAUGGCAAUUGCAUAUUGGAAUUUAGUACUGGCUGGAAGAUUCAAGUUCCUGGACCUGUGGAACACAUUUUUAGUUGAGCACCACAAAAGAUCGAUUCCUAAGGACACUUGGAACCUCUUACUAGAUUUCAGCACAAUGAUCACAGAUGACAUGUCAAAUUAUGAUGAGGAAGGAGCAUGGCCUGUCCUUAUUGAUGACUUUGUGGAGUUUGCACGGCCACACAUCGGGACCAAAAGCACGGCGGUUUAAGGGCUCCUCUGUGAAGGAACAUCCAUGUGAGGUUUCUAUGAAAACGAGAGCGCCGUGAAUGCAGAGAGUGGACCGCACUGAGCUGAGAACUAUGUUGCCUUUUCAACCCUCAGGACUGAAAUAUUUUACACAGCAGAGACUUUAUAUAUGUGUGUAUGUGUAUGUACAUAUAUAAAAAAAAGGCAUAUCACUUUGUUGGUCAACUUGUGGUGGUUUGGAACUUUUAUCUAAAGUAUUGGGCUUUUUUGUGUGCGCUCAAGCCAACUAGAGAGGAGUCACCAUCUUGGCCCACCUGGUUCAUUGAUGUGGUUGGCUCUGCUCAAAAGCAGGUAGAUAGACACAC